AUGUGGUUUCUUGAUGAUGAGCUCGCUGGAAAGCUUAGAAUGAAAAGGGAUGGGAGGCUAGGGCCUAGAUGGGACAGGUUCACUCGAGAUGAGAUUGACUUUGUUGGACUGGACCAGUCUGGCAGGAACCGCAGGUUCAAAAACCAGCGACCCUGCAAUGAAGAUGCUUUCCCGAUGUGUCGAGGAACGCAGACGGACCACCGUCCCAAGUUGCUUAUUCGUAAGCUGACCCACCCAGGAAAGAUGCUAGAAAACCGUUUGGAGCAUCUGCACUGA